AACUAUUAUAAAAUUAACAACAGCCUUGCGGCCCCUCCUAUGUACGUUAUUUACGCGUACGGGACAUGAUGACUCAUCCUUUCUUCUCAACUGCCAAGGAAAAUCAAGUUCAAGUAACGAUGUCUGACUCUUCCAUAGCUCCAAAUGAAGUUCAACUUCCUGUGAAUGACCUUUGUGUAGAAGUCCACGAUGAAAGAGAAAGACAAAGCGAAUUGGUUAUUCCUGGGAGGAGCGAGACCGCAAAGUUGACCAAAAUACUUCGCAUCCCUCGAAAUCUCUAUGAAGAACAGAGUACUGCUACCGAUUCUACAUCUGGCACGGAAAUCACAGGAGUCCCAUUUAAUAUUGGUAACUUAAAAGAAAUGAUACUAAACCAAGAAAACAAAGUCAAAGUUCGUCCCAUUUUGCUGGCAGUUACUGGCUUACCUGAUUCUGGCGACAGUGAUGCCAUUUCUCACUUGCUAAAGCAUCAUGUUGAAAAGAGUCCAUACUUGCCUAUGUCACGUAAGAAUUAUACACCAAAGAAAGCAAAAUCUAUCACAUAUUAUGAACUUGUAGCAGUUGGUCUUCAUCGCCUUCAAAUUGUCGAAAUAACAAACGAGUUUAGCUGUUCAUUUGGCAUAAUGUCUGCUUUUAAGAAAAGGAUCACUCAGGAAAGUAGAAUGCCACAACCUACUGUAACAGUAGCCAAAAAGCAAGGAUCAAGAAGUGAUCCAUUUUUUUUCGAUGAUGCUUCAUUACAGGGGCAUCUUGAGUAUCUGUUUCAGCACAUAUCGCAAUAUGAGCAUAUUGAUGGAAAAGCAGAGCUUACAGAAAAAGAAAAUGAAUUUGCCAAUCACCUGAAGAAACUGCCAAGUGGCACGUCACUGAUCAACAUUUGGAAUGUUUCAAUUAAUACCACAACUCUUUCAUGUCUUAUGGCCCUAUCUGGCCACCUCUAUUGUAGCAGUACUUGGCUUUUCCUUGACAUAGAACGAGACAUGGAUCAAUAUGAUUGCCCUCCUGAACAUUGUCCAAGUGAAAAAUUGCAAAUUCCAAAAUGGCGCCCUCGUCUUCAUUACUUGCUUCGUUCCAGUAAAAUAAGUCAUGGUGGUGAAAGUGGAUCUGACCGUGAUGGCUGCUGUACAGUGUUUGCAAGGCAUGAUGAUAUGUUCAAUGGAAAGUUAAAGGCAAAAGUAAAAGAGCUGGAAGAUAUUGUAAAGGAAGAAGCACGGAAAGUUGGUGUGUAUGAUCUUCUGGAUGAAAAAAUUCAAGCAAUUAAUUUAAGCGAAUCUGAAUUUCCAGAUGAUCAAUCACAGCAUCUGUACCAAAAAUUUUAUCAGUUGAUAUGUAAAGCAUCGUAUACGGAAAUACCACUUUCAUGGCUCUUUUUACGUAGCCUCUUUUAUCAGCAGAGAGAAAAAGUAAUUAUUUCUAAAAGCGCACUUGAAGCUAAAGCUAAAUCUGUCGGAAUAAUUGGAGAUUCUUUUGAAGAUUUCUGUCGUUUCUACAUGUCUUAUGGUAGCAUUAUCGAUUUUAGUUUCAUCAAUCCUGAUCAUAAAUUAAUUGUUCUAUUGCCGAUUGAGUUUUUAAGAUUACUUGAUAAAGUUCUUCAGCCAGAAUCAAGCGUGUACGACCAAUAUCCAAUGAUGAAGUCUGGCAUUGUCUCAGAAAAAUUGUGCAACAAAUUAUUUGAAAUAGAAUGCUCUGAUUGUAUGGAUGCACUUACUUCUGUUGGACUUGCUGUUAAAGUAAGUGGCUCCAUUGAGAGCUCUUUUGAAGCGAAACACUUAAGUGAUUGCCCUCGCACUGAUUCCAUUUAUUAUGUCCCACAAAUGAGAAGACAGAAUGGUCAUGAAGUUCAUACAUCGGUGGAUUUAAAUGCUAUUUAUUUCAUCACGAGCAUCGACUCUCCUAUCAUCAACAAGCAAGCACAGAUUGUGCAUUACAUACUGUCGUCUCGUGUUACAGCUAAACUAAUACCAUGUUUUGAGUCAAAUAAGUCAAUAAUUCAUGAUAAUGAGACAGAUACGACAAUUGAGUUUGUUUCAUUUAGCCCAGCCAAUAUGCUGAAAAUCAGCAAGCCGAAUGAAGCUGUUUACAGGAGUGUUCUAAAUGCCUGCAAAGCAGUUACUGAACGUCCCAGUACAGAGAAAGUGAAGUACAAGUUUGUCAUAAUCUGUUGCAAAGAAAUUGAUAGUGAUAUUUCACCAAGUUCUAUUUUAUCAUGCCACACUCAUAUUUUGCCUAAUGAAAAAAUAGCAUGUAAAAAAUGCGCUGAUGCAUGCAGAAGUAAUGAGAAUUUGAAAAUGUGGAACAAGGUGUUAAUUGAAUUCAUUAUUCCCAUGGAGCAUCAGAUUAUUGAAGAUUUUACAAUUCAUCAUUUUCAUUUGAUUGCCGAAGAAUUAUCUGCAAAUUCACAGUUUAUUUCUUAUUUUGCCAAAGCAUUAGGAUACAAAAUGGAAGAUUCUAAGUUUAAAGGGCUUCAUGGAGGAAAACUUGUAAUACAAAUGCUCUUGGAGUGGGAAAAAGUUUUUGUUAGGGAAAAGCAAGAAGAGGAAUCUACUGCAGCUGUAAACCGUUUACAAAAGCAAUUGGAUGAAGGACCACGAAGGGUCUUAGCAAGGAAACUGUUGGAAAUAAGUCAUGAAUCUCAUCAGGAAUUUGAAGUUACAAAAUUCUUUUUAAAACUUGCAAAAAAAUUGGACAUUUAUGUUGGGCAGUCAAAAACUUAUUAACACAUUCAAUGCAUCACAGCUGUAUCUGAUUUAACUGCACACUAUAGAAUUUACAGACAAAAUUUUUUAGUAAAAUUUGUACCAAAUUGAGCUUGUUCAUUUUUAUUAAGAAUUUUCAUAGCCCUUGUACAUGUACAUCAAUUGAAAAUAACUUUUAAGACUACAUGCAUCAAGUUCCUCAUUUACAAAUGUAUGUAAACAUCACACAAUACUACUGUCUUUUGUUUAAUUUUAUUCUCAUGGAUCUCAUAUUACUUCAA